CUCAGGUGAUGCAAAUACUCUUCAACGGAGGUAGAUUUCUCAGUGCUGUCAGAACAUGGCGAGCUGAACUUUCGUAUGGGGCUGGGGACCUCUCUAAACUACGUUACCACAUACAUUGGCCAUCUGCUGAGGAGACCGGGGAUAACUGUAGAACAAGAAGCACUACUGACGUUCUAACUUAUUGUAGGAACUGUCAUCUAACAUGGCAAAUCCUAAUUAUUGCGAUGGAGCGGAGCUAUUCCUUGAUAUUCUUACCAAGGAAGAGAAGGAAGCCCUUCUCACCAAAAAGAUGGAAGCCAUUCGUAAAAAGAAUGACGUCAUCAGAAUUAGACAUGAGGAGAUCCAGGCAGAUAAGUGGAGCUCCAGUCCAAACCACAAGGUUAUAGAGACUGGGCCUGGAAAGCCAAUUCACGAUGUCAAUAGCAGGGCAUCACAGUCUCCUAAGAAGGACACGAGACCCAUUAAUGGGGAAGAGAUCCGGCAACGACCGGAUAGAGACCGCUCCGAACGAUCCCCAGAGAAGAGGCCCCAGAAACCUGCCACGGGGCGUGGCAAACAGCUCGCUCGUAUGAGCAAAGAAAAGCUCAAAGCUCAGGAUAUCCGGAUCUCCCGUUCCAAGAGUGACGUUGGACAGCCAAGAUCGGUAUCCUUUCAGGGAGACGCAAAUCAGCCUUUGGACAGGCAGCGUUCCCGAGACAGUCAAGGGUCUGACGGGUCUGGACCUAGGCAACAUGAGUUUGACUCUAGAAUUUUUCGUAGACACGUAGAUAAGCAGGUCACCUUUGAAGAUCAGCAGCCGAAUUCUGCUCCCAGAAUGCAACAUUCACAUAAUCAUUCACAGCCUUACCAGCGCCCUAACCAGAGAUCACCAAGGCGGAACUGGGAUAACAAUGAUGAAAACCAGUUUCCUCCAGAGUUUAAGAAUAACCCUCUGUUACGAAGCAGCAGUUUUGGUGACCAAGACCGGAGAAGGAACUGGGACCAGCAUGAUCGCCGUGGUAACAAUCACCAUGACAACAGAGGGGACAGAGGACAAAAUCAAGGUUACAGGAAUAGUAACGAGAAUUUUGGUAACAAUAAUAGAGGAAACUUUGGUCAACAUGAUCGAAGAGAAUUUCAGAGGAAUGGCUUUGGGCGAGGAAAUAGGCAAGAUUAUGACCGCAGAGAUAACAAUCGAGACAGUCAUGAACAUAUGGCCGCAGGGAUGAUUAUCGAGAUAAUCGGGAGCAUAGAGACAGGAGAGAUAAUUAUCGAGAUGCCCGGGAGCAGUACAGGAAGGAAGACUGGGAUGAGGAGGUCUCCAGACCAAAUACAACUUCCUGUGGACCGUACGCGCGACACGCGGGAUAAGACUCGCGUGGAAAAUGGCAAAGAGAAGCGACUGUCGCAGGGAGAGAAGGAAAACUGGGGAGAUAGAAAUAACAACAACACAAACAAGGAGGCAUCUAGGAGACACCCCAAGAAUUUCGGAGGAACCGACUUCAAUAAUGUGAAGUCGAAAAUGAAGGAAGUGAAGGAUAAACAGGAGCAGCAGAGAUCUCCACCUAAAACCAAAAUGGAGAUGUCGAUGCAGAUGACGGGAAAGGAGCGCCGUCAGUACUCAGAUUGGAAGACCGAGCGAGACAGGGUGGACAACGCACGAGUUGAACGUGCGAGAAACAACGGCGAGUGGAGACGUGCGUGGGACAACGAGAAAUUAGAGGGCGGAGGUGACGAGGGCCUACAUAUGGAGCCGGCCAGGAGGCCAGCUGGUCGUAUUGGCAGUGGUAGGUUUGACCGCGGGGAGAGGGAUGAGCGUCAGCGCGGCGACGCCCCUGGUACCAUGAAAGGGGUAGACAAUGAGGUCAAGGAAAAGCCUGGGGUGGGGCGUGGUAGAGGCAGGGGACGUGGCCGAGGGAGAGGUCGGGGCAGGGCCAAGGAUAGGACCAGGACCAACUCGGAUGAGGGCCGCAGGGUAGAAAACAACAAUGAUCUGCUCGUUAUCAAAUUUGAUAAUACUCCAGGGAGGGAAGGCGAGUCAAGUGUUGAGGUGGAAUACUCUGACUCUGAGACACCGAUCAUAACGACCCGCAAGCCCGGUCAAAGGCCCCAUUCCAUUGCUGGCCAUCCGACCACACCCGGAGACAAAGAUGAACUCUGGUGGGACGAAGACUUCGAGGACAUUCCACUCACCAGCACAGAACCAGACAAUGCUGAUGCCCACAUUGAAGAGAUACUCAGUGACCCUCAUGACGAGUACCAUGAUAGCCAGGAGAACGGUGAGUUCAUAGAAGACGGCCAGUUUGAGGACACUGAUGGUUACCGUGGUAAUGUGAAGCGGAGCCAGCAGGUGAGUCAGGGAGACACAGAUGAGUGGGAAGAUUGUGAGACGGAGGAGUCCUGGGGGACUGGAACCCAGGAAUCCACUGAUAGUGCUAGCAAUAAGGGAUCAAAAAUUCCUAAGCAUUCCUUAUCACCGGAUGAUGCCUUAAGACUGCAUAUGAAAAAUCUAAAUCCAGAUGCACCAGUGUUCACUCCAACAUCACCCCUGUCCCCCCUCUCACCUGACGUGAUGAAGACACCAGAGGGGCAUGUCAAGGUUGCCGAUUGGGCUGCAGCAAUGAAGACGCCUGUUACCAGUCCAGAAAACAUAUCAUUCAACUCUGCAUCUCCUGUUUCGAAAGAGGAAAGCCCUGCAAACCCGAAGGGCACCAAAACUGAGGGAACAUCUCAAGGCCUUCCUAGAAGGAUUGAGAAAGAUUUUGUGUCUCCUAAUAAAGCAGAUCAGAAUGAUGAGGAGAAAUCAUCUGAAUCUGAUAAAAAUAAGACAGCUGAGAUGAAAACUGACAGAUCUGAUGUCAGCAAGAGUAAAGAAAGUGAAAACGACUCUAAAGAAAAAGAGUCUGACACUAAAGUUGAUUCAGAAGAAUCAGAGAGCUCUUCUAAAACUGAAGAAGCAAAUAAAAUUGACAGUAAUGAAAAUGAAACCACUGCAGAGAAAGCAGAUGGUGAAACUCCUGAGGAUAAAGGAGAAGAUAUAUCUGAAGAAAACCUCCAGUGUCAGAAGACACUGUUGAAAAGCAGAUGGCCACAGAAGCCCCUGAAGAAUCAGGGGCUGGCCCUUCAGAGGAGGAGAGGACCACCCAAGAAGCGCCAGGGGACGCUGAGGGGAAAAUAGGAGGGCCAGACGAGAAUAAUGUUCCGGAACAAAUAGAGACUGCUGGUGAUGCCGAUGAAGCCACCAGUUAGAUUGAUCAUGCAACUUUGUUGUCAUCCAUCAUUACCUGGAUGCAUGGUUGAAUCAGAAUGGAAACUUUCGACAUCCUUGAUUUUCCAUUGAAAUAUAAAAAUAAGAAAAAAUAAUUUUCGAAUGUUGAUUAUUGAUUGUUGUUUUAAAAUUGUAAAAAGAAAUGUUUUGGAUAACAGUGUGUUUACAAACUGUUAGUUACGCUUGGCACUUAAUCUGUUGCAAAGAUAUGAAAUUUGUAUAACAACAGCAAAUAUCAAUAGCCUAGACUUCGAGCAAGUGGUUAGCCUGAAUUAAAUUUGGAUAAUUUGCUAUCUUUGAUUAUUCACAUAUAUUAUUAGUGAUCAUUAUACAAUUAAACACUGAACUAGAUGUACUAGAGGUCUCAGUGUUGUAGAUACUUCGAUACUAACCGGCGUUGCUAUAGGCAAUUUGUAAAGAAUGUUUUUGCAAUAAUAAGUUAGUAUAACUUAGUUACAAAGAUUUAGGGUGAUUUGUUUCUUUAUAUAAGAGCAAAUUCUGUGUUUCUUGUUUCAAAUAACCAUUGAUGCCAAACUUUCCUUCUCUGUGAAUAACUUUUUUUCAUAACUUACAUAAUUAUACGUACCCAUGCUUUUAUAUAGUGAUUUUUAAAAUAUUUCAUAACUUUCAUAUAAAAUACUUUUUACUUUGUAAUUAAUAAUGUUGUUUACCCUUGGACAUUAUUUGAUGUUUAUGACUUCUACUUCCACAUUUUGUAUUUGCUGUAUUGUAUAUCUCACAUAAAAUGAUAUUAAUUUAUUUCUGAAUUCCUGUGCUUAAUUGAAGGACAGAAUUAUUUGAGGAAGGAUUUUUUCUUUCUUUCCUGUCAAAAUGCUUUCAAUAUUGCAGUGUUGUUUGGCUAAAACUAAGUAUAUUGUACAAGCUUUACUUUUGUUCAUCUGUACAGAGAUUGUAUGAUUAACAUAAAAAACAUUUCUUGCCACUUUAUAAUGGAAGAGUUUCAAACACUGAAAUAAUUUCCGGGGAAGUGUUUGUAAUUCUUGACAUUGAAAGUUGGUAUAUUUUGUAAUUAUGUAAGUAGGUGUUCAUGCUGGGGCACAGUGGAACAUGGAUCAGUGAUACAUUGGUGCCAGCGAUGUAAUCAAGAGAACCAAUAUGGCCUAACAUGCCCAAGUGCCUCGUGAAGAUUGAACUGUGCAGUGCUUUGCAAUUCAACCCUGUAGAUUAUUGAGUUUCUAGAAAUUGUAUAAUGUAUUUAUUCUUCUAGCUUUUUCAAAUUGUAUAGGAUCUUGCCAGUAAUAUGUUGUAAAUUAUAAUUGUUGUAACCAUUAUGAAUAUCUUUCAACUUCAAUGGUGCUUCCGCUGUCAAGCUUGACUUGUUCAAUUCUUAAAGUUACAGCACAGAAUGUGUGAUAAGCUAUGUUUUCCUUUCAAACAGUUGAUAAUUGUACUUACACUCGUGUCCUGUGAUGUGGAAUAACAUUUUUGCUUAUGGUUGAAGCGAAAGUGUUUAAAGUGACAUUUGUUAUACACUUCCACUGCUGGUGUAACUCAUGCUAUAGCCUGGGGAUACUCUUUUUAAGAACAUGAACUCUAGUUUGGGCAAGGAGUUUUAGUUUUUUCAUUAGUGCUUAAUUGUUUGGAGUAGAUUUACACAUAAUUAUAAACUUUUACUGUUGUUAUUGUUUAGAAAUGGAUUAACAUCCCUUUUAGUGUGUGUACCAAAUUUUGGUUUGUACCUCGCCUAAUGGAUUGAUGAUUAUUAUUUGAAAUGAUUUGACCUGAUGUAAUAUCAUGUUUCUAUGACAACCAACCAUAUGAAUACAUAGACAGAUUCAAAUAACUGAACAUUUGACGAACUCAGUGAAAAAUGAAUACUUGAUACAACAUAACAAACAAGAGCUACUUUUAACUUUCUUCAUAGUAUCUACACAAAGAUGAAAAAAGGAAAUAAAAAUUGCAAAAGAAAAAUGAAAGAUAAAAAAAAGUAUUUAAAAAUCAUAAACAUAAAAAAAGAAAACGUGUUUGGUUGAGUGAAGUCUAUAAGACAGAGGUUGUGAGCAUCUAUUGUGAAUAGACAGACAGUCAUUACACUCUGUAUAAGCUGUUGGUACAUCAAAUAGAACAGCUUAUCACAAUCUCCAUACAGUGGUUACUUCCCUUUGAUGAAUAGUAAUCUCUGCUCGUCAAGGGAUAUCACUGUGUAGGAAGUUGAGCACAUGAGAGGUACAUGCAUACGUAUUUUCAACAUUAUUGUGCAGGUACUUGCUGUUGAUUUUACCGUUUUUUUUUAUAUACUUUAAAAUUUGAUUUAUAAUUAUAAAGGUAUUUCACAUUGUCGUGAAACUGAAUCCUCAUUUUAUGACAUUAUAACAAAUCUGUUCUAUCUGAUGUAUCCAUAGGGGCCAUGACACAUCCGUAUUGUACAGAAUGGUUCACAUCUCAUUGUACAAGUCAUCUCAUCUCCACUCAUGUAUGGUAUUAUCUCUGUAUGCAGUUAGAAUGGGAUGGUGUAACAUAGGCAUUUAAUAUAUAUGGAAUAAAUUUUUACACUUUA